UCUCGCGGGACUGUCUUGCCUGAAACAUCGCGAAGUUUCCUGCUAUUUUGUAUUUUGGUGGCAGCAGGCAGCCAGCAACCCGUAACCCGUGAAGGCAAGUCCAAGAAAGGUGGAGACUCCUGGUUAACUUCCUGCACAAUAAUCUUAAAGCACCACCAAGAGAGAACUGGAGAGGCUGCUGCUGGGGCAAGGGCGAAUGGAUAUACGGCUCACUUGACUUCUUUUUCGGCGGUGAAUCGACAAAAAAAAAAACACUUUGCGGUUGAUUAUACACAUCUACCUGGCGAGUAGCUAGCUAGCAGUGAGGCUGCUGGAUAAGAGAUUCCCAACGUUUGAUAGCGAGGCGGUGCGAAGGACAGGAAUGGAGGUUGUGGUGGAGUUUGAGUAUGACGCGCUCCAUGAUGACGAGCUGACUCUGCGAUUGGGCGACAUCAUCAAGAACGUGCGGUAUAUAGAGGAGGAUGGCUGGAUGGAGGGAGACCUCAACGGAAAAAGGGGCCUCUUCCCUGACAACUUUGUUAAGGAGUUGAAGAAGGAAUCCAGAGAGAUCAAGGAAACAAAGAAUGAGCCAAAAGAGGAGACCUCUCAGCCUCCAAGAAAAGAGAAGAGUACAGGGAACGUGGCCAACCUAGUUCAGAGGAUGAGCACUAUCGGCUUCCCAACGGGUGGCUUCCAGCCUCAGCCACCAGCAGCUGCAAAGAAGCCCAGGAAAAGACAGUGCAAGGCGCUGUUUGAGUAUCAGCCACUUAACGAAGAUGAGCUGGAGCUGAAAGUUGGAGACAUCAUAGACAUCAUCGAAGAGGUUGAAGAGGGCUGGUGGAGCGGCAGCUUGAACGGCAAGUCAGGACUGUUUCCCUCCAACUUUGUCAAAGAGCUGGAUGCCAUAGGAGAGGACAGAGAGUACAACUGCGCCGCAGCAGAUGAGACAGGUGAGACAGAUGGAAGUGCAAUGGAAAGCACCGCCACCCCCACAUCGCCUCAACCGGAUUCAGGGAACGGAGUUGUUGCUCAGCCCAAGAAGAUCCGAGGCGUUGGUUUCGGAGAUAUUUUCAGAGACGGGUCAGUCAAACUAAAGGUCCGACUGCCAAGUCCCGAAACAGAGGAAAAGAAGGGGAGACCAAUCCCAUCAUUACCAUCUGCUGCAAAACCCGCCCAUCCAAACAUGACAGACUCGCAGAGAGCAGACGGAGACAGCAAAUUCAAAGCAAAAGAGUGCUGUAAGGUCACGUUUGCUUUUGAGGCUACGAACGAGGAUGAGCUGAGCAUGAGAGAAGGUGAUAUCAUCCACAUCCUGAGCAAAGACACAGGAGAGCCUGGCUGGUGGCGAGGGGAGAUCGGGGGCAGAGAAGGUGUCUUCCCUGACAACUUUGUAGUCAUGCUGUCUGAAGCAGAGAAAGAGAAACCGAAGAAGCCACCUCCACCAUCAAAAAGCAUAGCUUUCAAGCCGGAGGUUCCCAGUGCCGACAAGAAGCCUCAUCCCAUCAGGCCAGAGGACAGAGUUGAUAGGCCUACGCCAGAUCACAAACCAUCCAAGCCUGCAGCACCGGUGGUCCCACCCAAAAAGCCAGUCCCCCCUCCUGGAAAAGGCAGACCGGGAAACCUCCCACCAAAGAGGCCUGACAAGCCUCUCGCUCCCUCGCCAAACCUCAAGCACAAUGGAGAGGUGCCUUCCACACGACCAAAGUCCGACUUCGAGCCAUUAUUGCCCACCAAACCCAAAACACUGUCUGGCGACUGGGGGGAGAAGUCCUCGGAUAUGGAUCUGAUGAGCUUUGAUGAGUUGUCGUCUACCUCAGAGAAGCUCUCUCACCCCACUGCUAACAGACCAAAGAUGCCUGGCAGGAGGCUGCCUGCCCAGUUUGGUGGAGGACAUUCGCCCAACAAGGAAGUAAGCGUUGAGAAAUCCUUCAAUAUCGAUGAAGAGGAUACAGCCAAACCAAAGCUAACAGAAACCAGAAAGCCUUCCACAAACACCUUAUCCCAGUCACCGUCACUCCACAAGCCCGCCAUGGCCAGCACUGAGGCCAAGCCAAGCCCCGCAGGAGCCCAAAGCUCUGACAGUGUGUCACAGAGCAGCAGGGCCCAGCUGGAGCCUGAAGAGCCGAACUCCCAGCUGGAAGAGCUGAGGAGCCAGAUGAAGGAGCUGCUGCUGUCUGUGGAGCUGCUCAAGGCCCAGCAAAUGAAAGAGAUGGCAGAGCUACGAGGAGAGCUGGAUGAGGAAAGGCUAAAGCGCAUGGCCCUGCAGAUGGAGAUAGAAAAGCUAAAGUGGACCACCCAUUCGACGUGAAGCCUGCGCUCCAAUCAACCGCAAGCCUCGAGGUCAGCUGCAGGCCUGUCAACCAACCAGAGAGCAGGAUGGUGGUGACAGACGGAUGGUUGAAUGGAUGGAGAGAGGGUGGGGAAUCAGAUGAACCACCUAGACCACAAUCCUUUUUCAGUGACCUACAAAAAUAAACUCUCCCCAUAUUUGUAAGAUUUACAUUUUGCACACACAUUUUUUUGUUCAAGCUUGAUGUAAUUAAGUUACAGAUGUAUAUGUUUCUGUCUUUUCUUUUUUUUUUUUUCUUUUGCCAACACAAAAAAAUGAGGCCUUACUUCAAACUACUGCGCAGGACUUACAACUCUGCCACUCAAGCUCUCCCCUUCACUCCGGCAUUCCUUGAACCCCUCAGGGAGGAGGUUCGCUCUCAGUACUACUGACUUUGUAUAAAGCAGGGGGCGCUUGUUUUCCAAUCCUGAUUUUCUUUCUCAUAUUUUUUAUGAUGCACAAAUCGUUGAUUUUAAAAAUCAGAAAAUGUUUGAUUUCAGUUAACAACUUUUGAUCCUCACAGCAAUUUUUUUUCCUUUCCUAUACUGCGCUUGUCAGCAGUACUCCGCUCCAUGGCUGCAGCGCUUCAGAGCGCUGUGCUUUAUUUUUUCUUUGUCUUUUCUAGCAUUCUUAUCCAGGGUAACACUACUGUGCCUGUUAAAAACUAAAUUAUAUUAAGUGUUUGUAAUGGGAGCUUACAUAUACCAUGAUGGAGUCUGGAAAUUUUGCAGCAUGAUAUUGUAUAUCUAUAUUUUUAAUGUCUACUGACAUGCCUAGUCAAAUACUAUAUAGAGGGCCUCUUCUAUGCUGGUCUCUUCUACUCUUGUCAAACUGUUUCACCUGCUGGGAAUGUAAUCAGGUUUAGCCAGAGUUAUAGUCUGCAGGUAAUGCAGACAGAAUCCACAUGCAAAAAAAACUGUAAAGCAAAGAGAAAAGAAGGUGAGACGGCAUUCUUCCAUUAACAAGGUUGCUGACCAACACAUUGCCAUGUUUAUCAAAAAAGCAGCCUCAUUAGGAUAAUCUCUACAACCUGCUUUUCCUUACUUGUUUUUAAUCUGGCCAUCAUCCCUGUAAUCCCUGUCCUGGCCCAUUCUACCUCUUCCUCUCCUUUCUCCCAUCCCUCUUUGAUUCAAAGUGAAUCAUAUGAUCUGAAAGGAGCCUUGUCUUUCUGCUCUAUAAUGUGUUAUGCAUGAGCAUGCACUGCACUCAUCUGUUGUUCUGUCUUUAUUGUACAUGUUUGUCUUCUAGUCUAAAUAUCUUCCCACAUUCCAAGUACACAAAUUAAGCUAACUAAGCAAUAAUAAUGAAAUGGAGGAGCAAAGUGUUAAAGCCCCUAUGAGUAGAAUUUUAUGUGAUAUUAUAUAAUCCUUCAAAUUAUUCUCUUGGUGCAAGUUUUUGUGUGUAGAAAAAUGAGACAAUCCUGGUGCAAAUUGGGGCAAACUGAGUCUGCCACAGUGUUAAUUUUUAGCCACGCUAUCAUCAGAGCCCUAGAGAUAGCAAUCACUUUCAGUCUGUCAGUUGAUUGGUCGGUCCACCAGACUGAAAUAUGGCAAUAAAUAUUAAUGGAUUGUCAUGAAAUGAAAAACAGACGUUCAUGGUCCCACAGGAUGAAUCCUAAUGACUUGGGUGAUCCCCUGAUUUUUCGUGUAAUGCAGUUUUCAGUGAUAAAGUGAAAUAUCUCUAUCUAACAGCUGCAUUGGCCAAACAUUUAUUGUUACCAGUUGAUGUAUCCUUAUAACUUUGGUAAUCCUUUGACUUUUCAUCUAGCGCUGCUAUCAGGUUAAAUCUUGUGUAAUUUAACACCUAUGUUUGUUUAGCAUGCGCACACGCUAACCAAACGCAUGGUAACAUUAUUGCAUUAUUGCCUGACCAAUAUGAGAGUUUAAAAUAAUCUGAUAACAAUAUAUCGGCCAAUGUUUUUAUAUAUAUAUAUAUAAUAUAUAUAUAUAUAUAUAUAUAUAUAUAUAUCAUAAACACAUGACAUAACAUUUGUGACUUUCUUUUCCCAAUUCUGACCAAGUUAUACUUGAGUCUGACAUUUUACAGUUGGAAAAUGAACUUGUAAGUGCUCUCUGCAAAAAAAAAAAAAUGGUCAUGCUGUUUCAAAAGCCUCACAGAGCCUCUAGCAUGGCUCACUCUGUCUUGUUUGAUACUACCACUAGGAGUCGCCAAAGGCUCAAAUGUUUAAAUCCUACACAAAGGGGCUUUAAGAUGAAGCUCAUAAACAGAAAAGGAAAUGAGGUGCUUACUUGCUGUACUUUGCUGUUUUUUAUUUCUCACUACUACUGCUGCCCUUCUGGAUGCAAAUCUUUUUUUAAUAUCGGGUAACUGGAUUCUUAUCUCCGUUAUCAAGGUUCAGGGCUACAGAAACGUAGAGCACAGUGCGAGUCAAACUAAUGCAUUGUAGGAUGUGAGUUACCCUCAGUCGGCUCUAAUCUGUAGCCAUGAGCUCCGAAUGUACAGUGUGUGGUUCUGUGCUGAUGAACAGCUUAUCUCGAUGUUGAGAUAUUUCUGAGAAACUGAGACCAGUACAGUACCCAGUGUAACCCCCUCUGGCCUCUAUACGGGUUAGAGGACCAUUUCACCCCUGAGUAUUGGUCACAAUAUUUACAGCACGUUUCAGUAAAAUCAAGUUAAAACAACUGUUUGACAUCUACAACUGUGUACCACAAAAGAAGUGCUGGUUACUGUUUUUCCUUGUUUUUUGGGUUUUUUUAAAAAUAUCUUUAUACAUAUUUCACAAACGUCUUAAAGAAGUGUUACUUUGCUUAUCAAUCAUCCUCAGGCUUCGUUGCAUGUGUUAGAUGAGUGUGUGCACACUUUGGUGGUGUCAGCUCACACAAAUUCAAGCAUAACAGUGUCCAUGGUGUUAAAUUCUGGACUCCAUAGUGCUUUGACCUUAAUGAGCAUGGCACUCAUGCAAUGUGUUGAUGCCUAACCUAAAACAAAUUUCCUUUUAGCACGUAGCUCUUUAACAAUAUGGCUGGGCAAUGAAAUAAUCACAAUGUGGGAAAGAGGGACCUGGGGGUUUGGGUGACAGCUCUUCAUGUAAUAUCUGUAAUACGGCUUAACUUUCACAUAUUGUACAUUCCAGAGUUUGACACCAAGAAAAGAAGAAAUCUGUGCAUAUUUUAACAUAUUUUCAAUUGAUUUUGUUUACAAGAGCUGUAUCCUUGCAUGGGUUGAGAUUCUUCUCAAAAAUGAAUAAAUAUCUUUAUUUACUGUCA